AUGACGAUAGCCGAGACGGAGCGACUGGCUACCACGUUGUCCGGAUUGGAUGAGCAAAUAGAGGAGUUGAUAUGGGAAGCUCGUUACGAGAACCUGCGGCAGAGAAAACGUUAUGGACGCGAACGCAACCGUCAUCGACGACGUGAGCAGAACCGACACGUUCUGCGGUUGAAACAUGGGCAAGGUGGAUAUCAUCGCCGCUUGCUUCAUCCAAGGGUAUUCCUCCAUCCAUCCGAGGUCGCAGCCGGUUUCUCUAGAAGCCUGAAACAUAUAAAAAAGAGGAAUUUAGAGAAAAAAAAUUAUGAAGAUGGCUGCGGCAGCGCUAAACGCGUACGUGACAGCGAAACGGUACAACAUCUACCACGUCGACGAACUUCACGAAUGCGUGCCGAAUGCGUGCGGAUUCGCGGAACCGCUGCAGGACGGUACCCACUUCAUGCUGCUGCAGCAUCAGCAGCUGCGGAGGCGGCGACGACGACCUCGUUGUCCUCCGAUAUUCCGCGUGGCGCCGGAACAACCGAAUCAGGUUCUGUUUUCUUGGACGAUCUUCUAACCGUUUCCGGUUCCAUGUACCAAGAGCUUUCUGAACUCGAAGAAAGAGAGAAAGCUCUUCACCUUCAAGGAAGGCAAGCUGAUACAGAACACCGUCGAGAAUCGGCGAAGGAGAACGAACGUACGUUGGAACUGGGCAACCAGAAGCUGAACGAGGUGCAGGACAAACUUGCGGAAAAGGAACGAAGAUUCACCGAAGCCAGAGUCGUCAUACAGAAAUUAAAAGACGAAAUACACGAGGCGAAGAUGUCCGCGUUGAGAGAAUCUUCCGACGUUCGCAGCAUCGCGGAGGAAGAGGUCGAAAGUCUCAAGACCGAACUCGCUUCCAAGACGGAUGCCCUGAAGGAAAGGGUUCUGGACGUGGUUCACUUGGAAUCGGAUCUGAAAGCCGCGAGGAGAAAGUCGAAGCAGACGCCACAGGAAGAGAGCGGCGGCGAGCUGCAGCAAAAGCUGCAGGAAGCCGUCCGCAAACUGAAAGACAGAGAGAGAUCGCAAGCCGACAUGGAAGAGGAGUUCGAAGAGAAAGACGACAAAAUCAGCGAGCUGAAGAAAGAGUCGACGCUCGCCAAGACCGCGAUGUCCAUGUAUGAAAAGCGGGUGGACGUCUUGAAAGAAAACCUAAAAACGGCUUGCAAGCGAUACGACGAGGAAGUGAAAAGCAGACGGAUUGUGGAGGCGGCCGCAAAAAAGGCAGACGAGCACGCGCAAUCCAUGGCCGAAAAGAACGUCGAAUUGCAGCGAGAACUGUUAAGACGGCAACCCGAAGAGUCGUUGUACGAAAUGGAAGUGAGCAUCGGAGAGAAGAAGGAGUUGCGGCGAGCGCAAUCCGAUCUGGAGGAGGAACGGAAGACGGUUAUGCGAUUGAAGAGUGCGAUCGAGGACCUGAAAAAGGACCAAACGCGUCAUUCGGAGGCCGAUCACUCCGACAGGACCAAUAUUCUCCGGACGGAGAUUGCCGAUCUUAAGGAAAAGCUGGCCGAGGCCACCCGAAAGGAGUCUUCGCUGAUCAAGGAUGUCGAAAAAUUAACCGCCCUGAAGGAUGAGAACGAGAAGGAGAGUAGGAGGAUGGAAAAGCAGCUUUCCGAUAAAGAUCGCACGGCUAUCGACUUGCGGAACGAAAUCGACACUUUGGAAGAGAAAAUGAAACAGAACGGAAGUGAUAUUGACGAUCAAAUGACGGCCUACAAAGAAGAGAUUGAAAGAAACGUGAAGAGGAUGAAAGAGUUGGACGCUACGAUCGCGAAGAAGAUUCAAGAGGCGGCCGGUCUCGAAGACGAGAUCGCCGUCCUCAAAGAAGGGAAGGAAUGUGACGGACGGAAAAUAAAAGGAUUGGGGGUGCAGCUCGCUAACAAAGGACGCGAGGCGACCGCUCUCAAAGACGAGAUAGCCGCAUUGCAAACGGACCUCUCGAGAGCGCACGAAGAAUGCGCGGACGACCGGAGUGCCGAACUUUCCAUCCUUCUAGAAAAGACGAAAGACGAACUGGUGACGGACUUCCCGCGAUCUGGCGGCCGCCAAGGAAGCCGAGAUCAGGUGGCAAGCCGAGAAGAGGUCGUGGCAAGCGACGGCCAACGACGUUCGGCAGAUCUCGACAAGCUUCGCGACCUGCUGAAGACGAUCGAGAGAGAACGCGUAAAUCUUGAGUCCCAACUUUCGAACGUUGACAAGAAUGUAACGGAUUCGAAAGAAACGGAUUCGUUGAAGCGGGAGCUGGAAAGACAUCGACAGGAGAUCCGACAACUCGAACGACUUCUGAACGACGAAAAGAGGGAGAAGUCGGGUGAAUCCAACGAUAGAAUGAUUUCGGAACUAAGUAAAGAACUCAAAACGGUCAUCGACGCGCGCGAUAGACUGGUGAAAGAGAACACCGAAAUGGAAAAGAGGCUAUCGGAAUCGGAAAAAAGUCUGUCGAAUUUGUACGACGAAUCGAUGAAAAAGGUUGUUCACCUCGAAGAAUCG